GGUUUUUGUUCGUGUAUGAAUUGUUAUUAGUUUCCCUGGGUUUUCUCUACAUUUUGUGUUCCCAGCUUAAAUGGUGGAACUGAUCAGUUGAUUACAGAAGAAGUUUACUGUUGGUAGCUAAAACUCCUCAUUGAGUUGAUCUCGAUCUGUUUACAUGCACUACACAUAGAAUCAAUUUAUUUCAGCAUUGGUAUGACAUAGAAUAAUGAAAAGACUGAAGAUGCACAAUAAUGUAGUGUAUUGCAGUGUAUUGGCUAUAUGGACCGCGGACAGAUCUAUCGGCCUGGGUAGCUCUAUGGUGGUCAGAGCACCUUCUGGGUAAAAGGGCGAUCUCAUGACCAAGGAAGACGGCGCGUUUAAAAGGGUAAAUGUUGUGAUGGCUUGAGUUAUUCGUUGCUUUGCUUUGUUCAGCUUACAACCUAUAAAAAAAAAAGAUGUCAGGACGUGGUAAAGGAGGAAAAGUGAAGGGAAAGGCAAAGAGCCGAUCUUCCCGUGCGGGACUUCAGUUUCCCGUGGGUCGUAUCCACCGUCUGCUGAGGAAGGGUAACUACGCCGAGAGAGUGGGAGCCGGCGCCCCCGUGUACCUGGCCGCCGUUCUAGAGUACUUGGCCGCCGAAGUCUUGGAAUUGGCAGGCAACGCUGCCCGUGACAACAAGAAGACCAGAAUCAUUCCCCGUCACCUGCAGCUGGCCAUCCGCAACGACGAGGAGUUGAACAAACUUCUGUCCGGCGUGACCAUCGCCCAGGGUGGUGUCCUGCCCAACAUCCAGGCCGUGCUCCUGCCCAAGAAGACCCAGAAACCCGCCAGCAAGUAAAAAGUCUGCUUGAAGCAAACAAACAAACAAACGGCCGUUUUCACGGCCACCAACCUUUUUUGAAAAGACACCUCUAAAUGCGUUGAUUGUCAAUGAAAAUGUCAAAACUGAGAAAUAGGGAAUGAUUUCCAAGUUGACAAUAUCCAAUAUGAUAUAUAUCCAGUACACCUACACUUCAAAGAAAUACAAACAAAAAACAACAAUGGAUGCAAGACGUGGGUUGAUAUAUGUAUUAUUUUGAAUUCUAAAAUUCCUAAUAAAUGAGGGACUUGUAAAUUGCAUCCUAUGAUGUCCAGAAGUUGGAAUUGGGCUAUAUAGCCUUGUAUCGAAAUCAUGAGAACAUGUGACCUUCCAUUCGGUAAAUUGACUUCAUUUUACUUAAAUACCAAAAAAUAAAACGAGAUUUCGUAUAAAACAAGGCUGACAAGUGAUUAAAUAGUCCCGUUUUAGCCAUUUUUGAAUAGAUUUAAAAUAGGUAGACGAAAUGAAAACAAAGAAUAAGAAGUACAAUUUUACAGUACAUGCAUUCGAAAAAGUAUUGAGUUUCCAGACAGAAAAAACAACAACAACCCAACCCACUAUUUGGUCAAAAGAUGACUAUUUUGUGAUUGCUAUAUUGACAUGUGUUCAUGUUUACAAUUAAAUCCAACGUUAAGAAUCUGCAGCAUGAAUUGUGCACUUCGUGAAGUUGAAGAUGAAAUAUGCAUCCACCAGAGAAUUAUUGUGUCUGAAAAUACGGAGCACUUUGUUACCUAUUCAAAAACUUGACCCUGUUCAAUAAACUUGUUUCAACUGGCUUUUAAAUGGCGAAGAUUACGAAACUCUUUGCAUCCUAUGUCAGAUGCUGAGCUCAUGAUGUGUUGCUGAAGGCGUACUACGCAAUAUUAUAUAUUUAGCAAUUAUUACUCAAGGCACUUAUUGGGUAUUUGUUAUCGUUUAACACAUACAUAUAUGAAUAUAUUUACUUAACACAUAUGUCAUAUCUAUUUCAGUAUGUAUUGAGUACCGUAACAUUGCUUGGUGGAAAUUCCUUCUAACUAAAAGUCCAUCACAACAUAUAACUUCAGUCAUAUUCAUCCCUUAAAGACUCAGUCUCAAUGUUAUAAACUUGAUAUAUAGAAUAUUUAUACUAAGUUUAGAUAAUCUGAACAAGAGUUUAUUCUGUCUGUUGUCAUAUUAGGUUGGUGCACAAGAUGAGUUUAUUCCAAUUUUGGGUGCAGAGGACAUAAUCAUAAAGAAAGAAUUAAUAUCAGAAAAGAUUACAACAUGUUAACGACAAACUACACUCAAGGGUCAAAACUAUUUCUUCGACACUGCUAAUUUUCACUAUAUAUUCAUUUCAUUACGACUUUCGGAUUUUAAACACUUUACUACCAACAUUUGAAAAUUAGUGUUAUCAUUAUGAAAUUUUCAGAAUAUGUGCAGAAUAUACUCAAGAUUCAUGACAAAUGUUUAUUGUUAUUUCUUAUACGUUUUUUGUGGGAUGAUUUAUGAAUUCUAAAAUGCAUGCUCAUUGAUAUGAAAUGUGUAAGAUUAAUUUCAAAUAAAGUUCUUACAACAUGAU